CUUAAGGUUACCUAAUUGAACGUUGAAUAUAAUAGAACACUACCUAUUUCCUCCCAAUCUCAUCGUUCUACGCGUUUGAUACAGUCAACCUAGAUUCUCAAUUACUUCGGGAUACUACGGCUCCAGGCAAUAUGCGUGUAGAUGCUUAUACAAAGGAGACUUUGCAUGGGGCGGAUGAACCCGAGAAGACAGAGCCGGGGCCUCCCGCCUAUGAAAACGCCGACGUAAAUGUUUCGAAUGACUGCCCAAGUGCCCCGCAGCCAGCAACGGAGGGUAGAUUUUACUUCGAAGAUGAGAACCAGCCAAAGCCAAACAUCACACUAGCUAUUAGCGACAGGCGUCCUUCUAAACGGUGGCUUGGCGAGCUCCAGUUCAAGUGCAUUAAUGUCCCGCAAAUCAUGCGCGAAGGUCUCUGCUGGACGAUGGAUAACGUUUCAUGGGAGGACGGAUUCUUCAGUCCGACCUGUUCGAACGGUUCAGAAUUCGUAAAGGAAUUUUGGAUGAACUGUGAUUUGCUUCGGGAUGGGUACUGCCGGACACGCCAUUACUUCUUGCGCGAUCUGCAAGAAGAUCCGCCGCGAUGGGUAGCCCACUUUCAGAUUUACGCUGCGAAAGAUAGGACCUUGGCUGAAUUUCGUCUCGGUGAUCUCUCACUCGAGAACGUGGAGUAUGCAGUUGCUCGCGGCAAUCCUGGGGGAAGGCACAUCUAUUACUACAAAAAAGACAACCCUCAGGUCACAUUCAAUGCGAUCUAUGACGAUAUGCCGAUGGAAGGCUGGUGGCCAUGGCCAAGGAAGGAAUAGGAACGACUAUGAAUUGUCUCUGGGACUUCUCAUGUUAGGUUGGGCUUCGGGGGAUCAAUGUAUCGCGAGUACACGACAGCGCGUCUGCGCAAAUGAAGAAACGAGAAUGUUAACAUGGUAGCAUGUUUGAGCAAAGCUACUCUAAAAAGCAAGUUCACAGGUAAUCAUUGCCUCAUCUCUCGAGCGAGACUCAAAUAACUUAUCACCUGCCAACCUAUUCAACCCGAAGCCCAAAGCA